AUUUCAAAUGUUUUGUAUUUUGUGUCAAAAAUUUUUGAUUAAAUUAUGUUUGAAAUUAUUUAAUGACAAGACAUGAAUCAAAGUAAUGAUAAUAUAAGACAUACAAGACUUGGAAGAUAUAAAAGACAAGACAUGAGUGUCACGAUUGAUGUAAACGACGUGUUUGAAGAAGUGGUUAAACAAAAUGAAAGACUUGUCAAAGAAAUUGAAUUUUAUGAAGAAGUGGUCAACGAUUUGAUAACAAAUGUUAAGAAAUGUAUUGUUUGUCAACAAAAUGAUGUCAUAAAAGACAGAAUCAGUGAAUUGGAGACACAUUUGAAUAGUAAGACAAUCGAUAAAUCAAUUAAAGUUAAGAAUGAAUACAAUGACUGCGAUAACAAUUUGAAAACAAAUCCAAAGACAAAAAGAUUACAAAAAUCAAAGAAAAUUUGUGUUAAAGAGGUUACAGAUUCUGAUAGCAGUUAUGAUGACAACGAAUCAGAUAGAAGUUGGACAACAAAUGCAAAGAUAAAGACAUCUAUGAAAUCAAAUAAGAAAAACGAGAAAAUUAUAUUAAAAGAUGUCGAGAAAGUUAAAGACAUUAAAAGCAAAACAAUUAAAAGUGGAAAACAUAUGAAAACAAAGAAAAUUAUUUUAAAAGAUGUCAAUAAAGUUAAGAACAAUAAAAUCAAAACAAUUAAAACUGAAAAACAAAUCAAAUUAUAUAGUGAUGAAUAUGAAGAAAAAAGACAGAAAUUAAAAGAUGAUGGACUUACCAGUGAUGGCAACUAUCAGUGCCAGACAUGUGAUUAUAAAAGCAUUAAAUUUAUAGAUUUUGAGACACAUGUCAACCGAUAUCAUCUAAACAUUAAGCCAUUCAAGUGUCACAUUUGUGGCGACCAUUUAGUCGGUUACGACACUUUAAGACGACAUAAGAGUCUCAAACACUUUUAUGUCGGCCAAGCUUUGGAUCAAUUAAGUGAUAAACGAAAAUCUCAAAUCGCCCAAAUUUUAUCGAAAUUUAAGUGUCAAUAUUGUCAAAAAUUUAUACACUCCGAGUCGGAUCUCAAACAACACGUGGCGCGCGUGCAUCACAACGUAAAAUCGUCUAAAACUAUUUCAUGCGAUUUGUGUGAAAAAUUUUAUAGUAAUAGGACUACACUUAUCAAACAUAAACGUUUUUAUCACGGCAUCGGAAAAAAAUUACCGAUAUUUUACUGCGAUUGGGAGGGCUGUCAAUAUAAAUCAGUAAAUUUUACAUUACUUGGAGUGCAUAAAAAAAGACAUUUAGGUAUCCGUGACUAUGCGUGUGAUUGGCCAGGUUGUGAAAUACGGAUGUAUACUAGUUAUAGUCUUGAAAUCCAUAAGCAAACUCAUACCGAUAAUUAUGACCACCGGUGCCAAUGGCCCGGUUGUGACUAUAAAGCUAAAAAUGAGUACCAAAUAAAGAAACAUAUGAAGAGAAUUCAUGAGGACAUACCCCGAACACAUGCGUGUCAUUGGCCCGGAUGUGACAAAACGUUUAAAUUUGCCUAUAGUUUGACAGAUCACAUGAAAAUACAUAAUAAACCACAUCUGCCGUGUCCUCACUGUAACAAACUGUUUACGACUAAGAAGUAUUUGGGUCUUCAUGUGGCAACACAUACAGGAAGUCUACGUGUUAUGUGUCCGAUAAAGGGAUGUAAUAUACAGAUAUCAUCAAAAAAUAAUAUGAGACAUCAUAUGAAUGCACAUCACAAGGACUAG